AAAGUACGAGUAUGAAUAUUUAUAAUAUAGAGAAUUCCGUUAUAUUAUCAUCUAUGACUAGGCGGUAUUAGUUUGAAGAAGGCAAUAUUAGAAAAGUAUUCUCAGUAGUUGGUAGUAUCGUAAGUUAUUCGUUUUGUCGAUUUUGACAAUUCAGUUUUCUCUUAUGUUUAUUGAACUUUGCACGUGGAAAGUAUUUCAAGUAAUUCUAUACUUUAAAGAAAAGUAUACAUGAAUCAUCAGAUUCGAUCCUAAUGUUAUCUAAAGACUAUUUACACUAAUCAAGAUCAUUAGAAUGGGUUUAAUAUCUGAGCCGUUGUUGUUCGUAUUAGCUUUAAUCGAUACCGGUUCAGUACUUUUUCUUUUAGUGUAUUUUGUUAUAACCUUAUCAGAUUUAGAAUGUGAUUAUUUGAAUGCUCAACAGUGUUGUUCAAAAUUAAACACGUGGGUAGUACCAAAGCUUAUAGCACAUUUAUUCUUAGAAUGUUUAUUAUUAACACAUGGACAAUUAAUAUUGUUUUUGGUGAAUUUACCUAUGACAUUAUGGUUAGUUUAUGAAUACUCUGGAGUGCCCAGUGGUAAUAUGGGAGUUUAUGAUCCUACAGAAAUCCAUAACCGUGGACAAUUAAAAAGGCAUACAAGAGAUUGUAUGAUUUAUCUUGGAUAUUAUCUAAUUUUCUUUUUUAUUUAUCUUUAUUGUAUGAUCAUUGCAUUGUUAAAAGGAGAUCCUAUCAAUAGAAAUGAAGAUGGAUUAUUACAUGUAAAUUGAUAGUAAUGAUAAAAUUUAAACAUCAUUUAUACAUCUUUGUCUUUUAUUAUAAUCAUAUUCGAUUACUUAUUUAUUUUUAUGUUGUAAACACCAAAUGAUUUUUGUUAACAUAUAUAAAAAUAUUCUGUAUUUCAUUAUUAUUUAAUCUUAACUUGUAUUGCAUCAUUAAUAAUUAAGAUUUUUAAAAUAUAAGACUUCCAUAAGAUUGAAAA